AUGCGCUAUAUAGAAGAGUAUCCGGAAUUAGAAGUGCAAUUUAAAAAAAUUAUACAACGAGUUCAAGAUAAAUAUAUUGCAAGAAGUGAAAAAAGUGUAGCGUCUGAAAAAAGUUCUAUACAGUGUGAAGAUGUGGUGAAGGAUUUUGAGAAGACCGAUGAGGAUGAUAUGAUGUUUUUAGACAUUGAAAUGCCAGUUGACGAAAUUGUGAUAAACAAUGAAAUCCUGGUUAAUGAGGCUGAACGGGAAAAUGACAUGGUUGACACAGACCGAGAAUAUGAAAUGCCAGUUGACGAAAUUGUGAUAAAUAAUGAAAUACCAGUCAAUGUACCUCUUGAAAAUAAUGACAUGGCUAACACAACCCGAAAAUAUGAAACAGCGGCGGAACUGUUUGCCAAUGCACAGUUGGAGAUACAAGAAAAUGAACCAGUUGAUGAGGAGUUCGCUAAGUUUUUUGCAGAUCUAGAACAAAGUGCUCUUGAAGAAAAUGGACUUAAAGAAAUAACGUAUUCAGAAAUUAAAAAACCUGCAAUUACGUCGGUGAAAAUAUUACCACCAACUAAACGAAUUACAAUGAAUUCUAAAAAACAAAAAGAAGACAGUAAAGAUUACAAUACAAAAAAAGAGGAUCCAGUAUUACCUAUUCGAUCCGGGAAACACGGAAAAAAAAUAAUAGCCGUAAAUGAUGGUGAAGAAGACAGUAAAGAUUACAAUACAAAAAAAGAGGAUCCAGUAUUACCUAUUCGAUCCGGGAAACACGGAAAAAAAAUAAUAGCCGUAGAUGAUGAUGAAGAUGACGUGGUUAUAUUAAGCCAAUCGUCAACGUCUUCGUCAUCAUCAUCGUCAUCGGGGUCAUCGUCAUCGUCAUCGUCAUCGGGACCACCCCCGAUUAUGAACGAAAAUAAUGUUGCUGAGGAGUAUGAUAAAAAAAAUAAAUAUCGGGCUGAAGCAGGGUCCUUUAUUUACGUCGAAAAACCUAAAAGAUUCCGUAGAUAUUACAGAUUUCUGCGUGACUGCAGGGUUAUCAAUGCCCAAAUAAAGCAGCAACGCCAUAUCGUCAUUUUGUAA